AUGACGACGGCCACCACGACAACCUCUACAGCAACCACGCGCCUCCAUAUCACCCCUUUCAACCCAGACAUUCUGCCUUCCGUGCUGCCUCCAUCCGUGCAACCGACUGCUACGGAAGUCUCAUUUCAUACCCUGCCAACUUUCCCCGAGAACAAUUACGGCUACGUGACCUUACCAACAAUGGAAGCGGAGAAGAUCAAGAAAAAGCUUCACGGGUCUAUCCUGAAAGGCAGAAAGUUCAAGGUUGAAACGGCGCGACCACAGAAGGAAAAGGAAUUGGAACCGAACGAGUCAGAUUCCGGAGCAGAACGUUCGAGCAAGAAAAAGAGUUCGAAGAAGCGAAAGGCCGGCGAAGAUGUCCUGGAUGGCCACGAGCUUUCGUCAGGACGCAAAGUCAAACGAGGAUGGACCGAGUCGACAGAUUCCAAGGCAGAUAGGCGGAAAGAUGAAAAGAAGAAGAAAAAGGAGAAAAAGGCAAAAGCACAAGCCAAAUCAAAGUACACGGAGAAGGAAGAGUGCCUGUUCCGGAUGCAACUGCCCCCUAACAAAGCCUCUGCCUUGGAAGAAAAGCAGGAUAAGAAGUCGAAGAAGAAGAAGAAAUCUCCUUCCGAGUCAGUUGUCCAUGAGUUUGCGAAUACUAUUACUCACCCGAGUUUUAUCCGUUCUGGCGCUGAGAAUGCAACUACUACGGCAACAUAUGAGGAAGGAAAGGGCUGGGUUGAUGAUUCAGGGAAUGUAAAGGAACCGGUCAAUGAAAAAAUCCAGGACUCUAGGCACAGACCUGGAAAGGUACCGGGUGCCAAAGAAAAGCCAAAGUCCAAGUCGAAAAGAUCGACGAAGAAGGCUAAGCCCGCGCCUAAGGAGGAAUCAGAGGAAUCGGAAGAUUGGACUUCUUCUAGUGGUUCUUUGUCUGAAGAUAGUGACUCGGAAAGCGAGAGUGAGUCGGCUGAUACUUCUGAAACAUCCGACGAGUCCAGCAACAAAGAGACCAAGGAAGGAAAGAAGCAAUCGAACACAUCAGCAACUACCAAACCUGCUACCCCAUCAGACGAGGAUCAAUCGUCGGAUGCAAAUGAACAACCAAACUCAAAAGAAGUUCAUCCUCUGGAAGCGCUCUACAAACGCUCCGCACCAGCCUCUUCAGAAGCUAAACCCGCCGAGGAAACCAACGGGUUCAGUUUCUUCGGGGAUGAUGACGAUAUGGAAUCUGAGGAAGAACCUCCUGAACCAGUCGCACCGCAGACACCUUUCGCAAAGGAGGAACUCCGGGCUCGCGGACUGAGGAGCGCCGCCCCAACCCCAGACACUGGCCUAGUGAGCCGGACCAUAAAAUGGGAUGAGUAUGACGAUGAGAUGAACGUGGAUGAUGAAUCAUCUAUCGACACACCAGUUGUGAAGAAGGGCGGCGCGGGAGAGUCAGACUUUGCGAAAUGGUUCUGGGAGAAUCGGGGAGACAACAAUCGGGCCUGGAAGAAACGGCGGCGUGAGGCUGCCAAGGAAGAGAGGCAGCGAGAGAACCGCCGGAAGGGAUUGAAGGGGAAAUCAUAG